UUCUCUUUAACAGGAUCAACGAGUGAGCUCUCUUCAGCGUGUUUCCAGCUCCUACUGAGACUGACUGUGGCGUACUUUGUCUUCUACUUCAUGUUCACUCUGGGUUUGAUCAUCAGAAAAAGCCUGGAGCUGUCCUAUCCUGUGGGGGCGCUCAGUCUGGACGUGGCCCUCCUCUUUCUGCUGGCUCUUUUAGAAGUUUCUCUUUUCUUCUGUGGAGUGAAGGGCAGUCUGACAGAAUCAGAGCCCUACUGUCUAGGUCACCUCCUGCUCACUGGGGGCAGUGUUGUGUUGUCCGUGUACUUCCUCUGGUGGCAGACAUACGUGAUGUGGGCUGAUCUCGUGCUGAGCUCCGUGUUGCUGUUCUUGUAUGGGCUCAGUGGUGUGCUCGCCUGUGGAGCUUUAGCCAGAAUAUCCAAGUACCGUACUCACAUCACUUCAGAUGACCACUGCACAGUGCACUAAUAAAACAAUGCAAAGAAGGUGAACAAA